AUGUCCCUAACACGCUUCUACCUCUUCACCUACAACGCCCUCAACUUCAUCCUCUGGGCCACAAGCACCAUCUACGCAGCCCUCCUCGUCACCCAACAAACCUCCCUCCCAGCCAUCUUCAAUAAAGUCUACAACCCCUACCUGAUCUCCGCGCAGUCUCUUGCUAUCCUCGAAAUUUUGCACUCGCUUCUCGGCCUCGUGCGCGCGCCUGUCAUGACUACCCUGAUGCAAGUCGCGAGUCGGUUGUUGCUUGUUUGGGGGAUUAUGUACCCGUUCGGUGACCAUGGUGCUGUUGGUAAGGGGAUUGUGGGUGGUUUUGGGGAGGGGCAGUUGGGUGAUUAUGCGUUUUUGGGGUGUUUGGGGGCUUGGGGGGUUACGGAGUGUAUUCGGUAUGGGUUCUUUGCGUUGCAGGUUAGUGGGGUUGGGGUGCCGGGUUGGUGGACUUGGUUGAGAUACAACACAUUCUACGUCCUGUAUCCCCUCGGUAUUAGCAGUGAGUGCACGAUGGUUGUUAAGGCGCUUCAGCCGGCGGCUGAGUUGCAUCCGGCUUUCUGGUGGUUUUUGGUUGUUGUUCUUGGUAUCUAUGUUCCUGGCUCGUACAUCCUCUACACACACAUGAUUGCUCAGCGUCGCAAGGCCCUUAAGAAGCAGAAGAACUAG